AUGUCGUACUACGAUGUGAACUCCAUCCUGACAGAUGCCGAGGUGCGAACCCCCAUCACCGUCACCGCAACGACUCUCGUGCUCUCCCACCAUCUAACCCCCGCGGCGAUGCAGAAAGUCCCCUGCCAAUUCGAGCUCGACUGCCCUUACCUCGGCCACCUCGACAACAGCACGUCGGGACUCAAACCCGGCACGGCUCUCACGCUACCGCUCUGGCUCGCCGAAAUGCUUGCGCUCGCCGCCGCUGGCGAGGACUCCAAGGCGCCGCUGACGCUCAACCUGCCGUCAUGCCUCUCGGACCAGGUGGCGGCCGCGCUCAAGGCCGACCCGCGAGCCGUCCCGCUGCGAGACCUGAGCGCUCAUUUUUACGGCAUCGGCGUCCGCAUGCUCGAUCUCUUUGACGAGCGAGAUCUGAGCGCCGUCCUUCGCCGCACCUUUGUCGUCCGCGCCGGCGACGUCGGUCUGCACGCCCGCAAGGCUGACGAGAGCAUCGGUGGCCAUGGCCAGGAGUUUCUACGAGGACUGGAAGAGUGGGAACGCCUACUGUUUCGUCGCGCGCACGAGGGUGUCAAGGGAGCCAAGGAGUGGACCGAGAAGGUCAAGAAGAAUUAA